GGCAGGGGGCGGCGGUCAGCGGCUCCGGACGGUCCGGCCCCCGGCCCCUCAUGCUGCAAGCCGGACCCGCGGGAUCCCGGCCGGUCCUGGAGCAGGAGGAAGAGGAGGAGGAGGAGGAGGAACAGCAGCAGCAGCAGCAGAAGCAGCAGCAGCAGAAGCAGCAACAGCAGCAACAGCAGCAGGGUCGAGGGCCGAGCCUCCCCCGUCCCCCGCGGCCCUGAAAUCCUCCCUCCCGCCGGACCCUCUUUGGCCCAGAAGGCGGGCUCGGGUGGGAGGGGUCCCGGGGAGGGGGGGGGGGGGCAGCGAACGCACCUCUAUUUAUAGACCGAGAAGAGGCCGCCCCCUCCUCCUCCCCCUCCCCGAAAGCCGGACGGCAUUCGCCGGGAGGCCGGCUACGUUUGGGCCGCCCCUCUCUGUCCCCGUCCCCCUCCGGCCGGUUUUCCGCGGCGGUGGGAUUAUGAUCCCGGACGGUAGGUGGGCGCCGGGCGCUCCUCCCCGGAGCUGAUCCCCGCACCCCGGGAUUAGGGGAGGGGGCUUUCUCUCCCCCCACCGUCCCCUCCUUCUUUUGAUUUUUCGGAUCCGGGGACGGGUGGACCGAGCGCCCCGUCAAGGACGGGCCCGCCCCCUCCCAGCUUGCCCGUUAGCCGCCCGGCCGGGGAGAGGCGACCCUCGGGGGAGGGGAGGGGGCGGGAAAAGGGGGUCCCGACCCCCCCCUCUUGCCGCUCUCCACCGAGGGCGGGCGUCCCCCCCACCCUCGCCCUCCGCCGGGGCGGGCCGAGGGGCCCGGGGGACCGUCCCCCCAACCCCCAGGCCCUGACCAUGGUGGUUUUCAACGGGCAGCUGAAGAUCAAGGUGUGCGAGGCCGUGAGCCUCAAGCCCACCGCCUGGUCCCUGCGGCACGCCGUGGGACCCCGGCCCCAGACUUUCCUCCUCGACCCCUACAUCGCCCUCAACGUCGACGACUCCCGCAUCGGCCAGACGGCCACCCGGCAGAAGACCAACAGCCCCGCCUGGCACGACGAGUUCGUCACGGACGUGUGCAACGGGCGCAAGAUCGAGCUGGCCGUCUUCCACGACGCCCCCAUCGGCUACGACGACUUCGUGGCCAACUGCACCAUCCAGUUCGAGGACCUGCUGCAGAACGGGAGCCGACACUUCGAGGACUGGAUCGAUCUGGAGCCCGAGGGAAGACUGUUCGUCAUCAUCGACCUCUCCGACUCGUCCGGCGAAGCCGCCCCGAAGGACAAUGAAGAGCGGGUGUUCCGGGAGCGGCUGCGGCCCAGGAAGCGUCAGGGCGCCGUCCGCCGCCGGGUCCACCAGGUCAACGGCCACAAGUUCAUGGCCACCUACCUGCGCCAGCCCACCUACUGCUCCCACUGCCGCGAUUUCAUCUGGGGCGUCAUCGGAAAGCAGGGCUACCAGUGCCAAGUGUGCACCUGCGUGGUCCACAAGAGGUGCCACGAGCUCAUCAUCACCAAGUGCGCCGGCCUGAAGAAGCAGGAGACGCACGACGAGGUGAAGGUGGGCUCCCAGCGGUUCAGCGUCAACCUGCCGCACAAGUUCAGCAUCCACAGCUACAAGGUGCCCACCUUCUGCGACCACUGCGGCUCGCUCCUCUGGGGGCUCCUGAGGCAGGGGCUGCAGUGCAAAGUGUGCAAGAUGAACGUUCACCGCCGCUGUGAGACCAACGUGGCCCCCAACUGCGGGGUGGACGCCCGGGGCAUCGCCAAAGUCCUGGCCGACCUGGGCGUCACGCCGGACAAGAUCACCAACAGCGGCCAGCGGAGGAAAAAGCUGAUCGCGGGAGCGGAGUCGCCGCGGGCCGGGGCCGGGAACCCGCUCCCCGAAGACGACCGCUCCAAGUCGGCGCCCACGUCUCCCUGCGACCAGGAAACGACGGAACUGGAGAACAACAUCAGGAAAGCGCUGUCCUUCGACAACCGCGGCGAGGAGCAGCAGCGGGCGGCGGGGGCGGCGGGGGACGGCCCCCCGGGAGAGAACGGGGACGGCGGCGGCCGCCGGCAGGCGCGGGCCAAGCGCGUGGGCCUGGAGGAGUUCAACUUCAUCAAGGUCCUGGGCAAGGGCAGCUUCGGCAAGGUGAUGCUGGCGGAGCUGAAGGGCAAGGACGAGGUGUACGCGGUGAAGGUGCUGAAGAAGGACGUCAUCCUGCAGGACGACGACGUCGACUGCACGAUGACGGAGAAGAGGAUCCUGGCCCUGGCCCGGAAGCACCCGUACCUCACCCAACUCUACUGCUGCUUCCAGACCAAGGACCGGCUCUUCUUCGUCAUGGAGUACGUCAACGGGGGCGACCUGAUGUUUCAGAUCCAGCGCUCGCGCAAGUUCGACGAACCCCGGUCCCGCUUCUACGCCGCCGAAGUCACGUCGGCGCUCAUGUUCCUCCACCAGCACGGCGUCAUCUACAGGGAUUUGAAACUGGACAACAUCCUCCUGGACGCGGAGGGUCACUGCAAGCUGGCCGACUUCGGCAUGUGCAAAGAAGGGAUCCUGAACGGCGUCACCACCACCACCUUCUGCGGAACGCCCGACUACAUCGCCCCCGAGAUCUUGCAGGAGCUGGAGUACGGCCCGUCGGUGGACUGGUGGGCCCUGGGAGUGCUCAUGUACGAGAUGAUGGCCGGACAGCCCCCCUUCGAGGCGGACAACGAGGACGACCUCUUCGAGUCCAUCCUCCACGACGACGUCCUCUACCCGGUCUGGCUCAGCAAGGAGGCCGUCAGCAUCCUCAAAGCCUUCAUGACCAAGAACCCCAACAAGCGGCUGGGGUGCGUGGCCGCCCAGAGCGGGGAGGAGGCCAUCCGACAGCAUCCCUUCUUCAAGGACAUCGACUGGGCCCAGCUGGAGCAGAGGAAGGUCAAGCCACCCUUCAAACCGCGCAUCAAAACCAAGCGGGACGUGAACAACUUCGACCAGGACUUCACCCGCGAAGACCCCGUCCUCACGCUGGUGGACGAAGCCGUCGUGAAGCAGAUCAACCAGGAGGAAUUCAAAGGCUUCUCCUACUUCGGGGAGGACACGCUCCCGUGAAAGGCCGGCCGGCGGGGUCCGUCCGGGUCGGGGGGGGCGCGGGGGGAGGAGGA